UCUUCCUUUUUUUUUUUACCAAAAUGGGAUUAGAAGUCCUUGAGGCUCUUGAUUCAGCUCGUACACAAUGGUACCAUGUAACAGCUAUAGUAAUUGCUGGCAUGGGAUUCUUCACUGAUGCCUAUGAUCUGUUCUGCAUUUCAACCGUUUCGAAGCUCUUGGGACGAUUAUAUUACUUUGAUCCAAGCACUAACAAACCAGGGAAGCUUCCACCAUCAGUUAAUAAUGUAGUCACCGGUGUGGCCCUUGUCGGAACACUUUCUGGCCAAUUAGUCUUCGGCUGGCUCGGAGACAAACUUGGACGCAAGAAAGUUUAUGGUGUCACACUCAUUAUCAUGGUUGCUUGUGCCAUUUGCUCUGGUCUUUCUUUUGGUUCUUCCGCGAAAUCUGUUAUGAUAACCCUUUGUUUUUUCAGGUUUUGGCUUGGAUUUGGUAUUGGUGGAGACUACCCUUUAUCAGCAACCAUCAUGUCUGAAUACGCCAACAAAAGGACACGAGGCGCUUUCAUAGCAGCAGUUUUCGCAAUGCAAGGCGUGGGAAUCAUCUUUGCCGGAUUGGUUUCAAUGGUAUUUUCAGGAAUUUUUAAAGCAUACUACCAGGCUCCCCGUUUCAAUGAAGACCCAAUUUUAUCAACACAGCCCGAAGGGGAUUUACUCUGGCGAUUAAUUCUCAUGAUCGGUGCUGUUCCAGCUGCGAUGACUUACUACUGGAGAAUGAAAAUGCCUGAAACCGGUCGUUACACUGCAAUCGUAGAAGGGAACGCGAAACAAGCCGCUGCAGACAUGGCAAGAGUUUUGGACAUCGAAAUCAUAGCGGAGCAAGAUAAGUUGGCUGAAUUUAAAGCAGCAAAUGAUUACCCUCUUUGGUCUAGCGAGUUUUUCAACAGGCACGGUCGUCAUUUAAUCGGUACAAUGAGUUGUUGGUUCUUGUUAGAUAUUGCUUUCUACAGUCAGAAUUUGACACAGAAAGAUAUUUACCCUGCAAUGGGACUUAUUCGUCAAGACAAAGAAAUGAAUGCUAUUGAUGAAGUUUUCCAAACUUCGCGCGCCAUGUUUGUUGUCGCCUUGUUUGGAACAUUCCCCGGUUAUUGGUUCACUGUUUUCUUCAUUGAAAAGCUUGGAAGAUUCAAGAUACAGUUGGUUGGUUUCUUCAUGAUGUCUUUCUUCAUGUUUGUCAUUGGUGUUAAAUAUGAAUACUUGAAAGACGAAAACAAAAACCUCUUCGCUCUUUUAUACGGGCUAACAUUCUUCUUCGCGAACUUUGGGCCUAAUAGUACAACUUUUGUGUUGCCCGCUGAGCUUUUUCCUACGCGGGUGAGGUCAACAUGCCAUGCUUUCAGUGCUGCAUCUGGGAAGGCGGGUGCUAUGGUUGGUGCGUUCGGGAUACAAUACUACACGUUGGAUGGUACGCCAAGGAAGAUUAGACGCGCAAUGAUGAUUCUGGCUUUUACAAAUUUGAUAGGAUUCUUUUGCACGUUCUUGGUGACGGAAACUAAGGGACGAUCUUUGGAAGAGAUUUCGGGUGAGGAUGGAAGAGAGAGUGAACUCACUGCAACACCAAAUGACAGGGCUCCGGGGAUUCGCCAGGACUCAAGAACUGAGAAGAUGUGAAUUUAAUUACAUGCUGCAACAUCCAUGUUUGUUUUGAUAAUAUUAUAUUAAUGUAAUAAUAAUAAAUAAUGGGGCCAAAAUUGAUGUGUUUAGCUGGUUUAUGAUUAUAAGAUGAACCAUAAGUUAUAUUUUGUUAUGUGUUGCUGACAGAAAAAUAAACUUAUUGUAAUGUUUAUUUUUUAAUGAAACUUAUAUAGUACUUUAUU